UCAACGAGCAAGGUGUACGGUGUGCCCUCUGGUUGCAGGCGGAGAGCGUGUAGGGAGCUCAACUCUAGCAACAUGCUCCUCCUCCAACUCUGCACUUCUUAAAUCCUUUGCUCGCGCUGUUGUGUAGCAAACUUCGCUCCUGCCUAGAAGUUCGAACGUCUCUUGACACGGGAGUCAUAAGGUCCACACACAUGCCAAGACAUUUAUCGGGUGCAAAACGCAAUGCACGUUAAAGAGCCGUUUGAACAAAUCAAAUAAUUCCUGUGAUGACUGGUAUGGGAUUUUAAAUCGACACUGAGGUCGUUUUCAUUUUUUCGUGUGGACUGGAUACAACACAAUUUUACUUCCCCGCACUUCGUGACCAGGACUCAUUGUUGGUCUGGAAGGGGACAGCAUGUGGUUCUCCACUCCAGCAUGGCCGGUUCUCCUGCUGUUCCUCCAGUCGUCUCUGAGCCUGGGCAGCGGCUGCCCGGAGAGCUGUUCCUGCGUCCCGGGCGACAGCAUCUUCUGCAUGGAGCGACGGUCCAGCUUCAUGCCCAGCGCCAUCCCUGCCUCCACCAAGCAGCUCUACGUCUUCCAGAAUGGCAUCAACACUCUGUCCGAGGACGACUUCACUGACCUGGGGGGGCUGGAAUUGCUGGACUUGAGCCAGAACCAGCUGGUGGAACUCCCAGACGGAGUGUUCCAGCAGCUGUCUUCUCUCCGCAACCUGGAUCUUUCCUCGAACCAGAUCACGUACAUCUCUGAGCAAAGCUUCUCGGGGUUGGUCACGCUCGAGAGGCUCUAUCUCUACAGCAACCGCAUCCAGAGCAUCCACCCCGCCGCCUUCGUAGGGCUGGAGAAACUUCUGGAACUUAAGCUGCAACAGAACGCCCUCACCAUCCUGCCCCCCAUCCGCUUACCCAGACUCCUCCUCCUGGACAUCAGCCACAACAACAUUCCGCCCUCGAGCUCCGCUGACUUCCAGACCCCCAAUUUGGAGUCCCUGAAGAUGGCUGGGCUCGGGCUGACCAGCCUGGACAAGGAGCUGAUGAGUUCCCUGACCAACCUCCACGAUUUGGACUUGUCCCAGAACCAGCUGUCUGCGAUGCCCCCCGCUCUAAAGUCUGUCAAGGGGUUGAUUCGCCUCAGCUUGGCCUCGAACCAGCUGGGACAGCUGGUGAAGGAGGAUUUUGAGAACCUGGUCGCGCUCCAGGCGCUUGACCUCAGCAACCUCAACCUCCAGGGCUUUCCCAUGGGCUUCUUCCAGCUCUUCCCCAAACUGCAACAGCUGACGGCUGCAGAGAACCCCUUCAACUGCCUGUGCCCGCUUGCCUGGUUCCCCGCUUGGCUGCGGGGACAGAAGGUGGAGCUCGGCCGCAAGGAAGAGACCCGCUGCCACUUCCCACCCAGCAACUCUGGGAAGGUGCUGGUGGAGCUGGACCACAAGGAUUUCGGCUGCCCCGUCACCACCACGGUGCGGACCCAGGCGCCGGUGAUCAGCAGCACCCUCGCCCCACUCACGCCCACCUCGCGCACGGGCACCACGACCCCCGCCCCUCCGAGCGUUCACACUCCUUCUCCAGAGGCCGACAGCUUCCUCCAUCCCCAAGACCCGGCUGCCUCCCCGAGCAGCGCUGGCGAGGGUCACGAGGAGGUCAUGUGCCCCUCCAAUAUCUGCCUGAAUGGGGGCACCUGCAAGUUCAACCAGCAGGGGCAAGUGGAGUGUCUGUGUCCCUCCGACACCACGGGGCUGUACUGUGAGAACCUGGAGGAGUCGCAGUCUUUCCCCUCGUCCCCGGAGGUGGCUGUGGUCACAGCAGCCACCCCUGAGCCGGACAUCAGCUCUCGACAUGUGACCAGCACGUCCAUCCUCCUCGACCUGCACCGCUACAUCGAGACACGGCCACACAUUCGAGGCAUUCGACUCACCUACCGCAACCUCUCCGGACCCGACCAGCGGCCCAUCCAUCUGAGUGUCCCGGCUACGUACCCUGAAUACACUCUACGAGGGUUGAGACCAAACUGCACUUACUCGGUCUGUGCCAGCCCUUUGGGCGAGCCUGGCGCUGGAGGUUCCUGCAUGGAAGCGAGGACUGCCGGUGCGCCGAUCACCUCAACUGUUCAGCCCCGCAUCGAAGGGCCCAUGGCCUCCUCCCUCGUCCUGGCGCUGGCUGGCCUGGCCCUGGUGAUGGUGGUGACGGCCAUCGUGGCCGUGAUCAUUUUUCUCCGCAGGAGGAAGUGGGCGAAAGCUCACGUGGAGCUGGACGCUGGAGAGCCCACCCCUCUGGAGCUGGAGGGGGUCAAGACGUGUCUCGAGAACGGGGCGCCGCUCCCCCAGAAGCAGCCGGAGAUCACGCCCUGCCCCCCCCAGACACCGAACGGCGUGGAGUACGAGGUGCUGCUCAUGCAGGGACAGACCAACGCUAACAACAACGUGGCCAGCCUGAAACCCUCGUACUUCUGAGCACGAAAAGAGACAGCUUCUGUUCACUUACUUCUGAGCUUAUGUGACUGCGGUUCAGACCUCCAGCCCAUAAUGGGCUUUCUGGCUUUGAACCUAUUCUCUCUUCCCCAAUGGGGUACGCAGAUAGCUAUGCUAACUGUUUGUGAGCAAGCAAACCCAGCCAGCUGAAAUUUGUUUGCCAGAGACAAACCCCGUAUUGAAAGGAAGUGCAAUUGCCUGCAGAGGUAUUUUUUUCCUCUUGAAAAUGAAGGUGCCUUUGUUUUGCAUUCUCUUAUGUCUGGCUUGUAUUGUAAUGAUUUUUAUACACAUGAAACGAAAGAUGUAAUACUUUGCAAUCAUGUUGCUGGACUAGGAGAUGGGGGAGUGUGUUUGGAUGUCUGCUAUGCUGGCUCAGGCCCAAGACAGAGAGUCGAGGGGGUCGGAGGGAGGGAGUGGGGGGGGAUUUGGGGGAUGAAUUCGGGAAAGGGAGGGGACAGGAAACACACAGAAGUUUGUGUGUACGUGUGUGACACUGUGUGACACGACAAGACACGACAGACACACCAGGACUGCGCCUCUGCCAUGGCAACGAGCCAUUUCUUUCGUCUCCGCUCGCUGGCUCCUCUUGAGAAAGUUGCACUGACGGAAAAAAAACAGACAAAAAAAAAAACAAA